AAUAAGAACAACCAGCACUUCACAGAUGUGCAUGGUCUACCAUGCAUUGAAAAGCUUGUGCGCUCUGUGGAUGAGACACCCGAGCCCAUCACUACAAAGAUCAGUGGGCAUAUCCCCUCUUGGAUCAGUGGCAAAUUCCUCAGGAAUGGACCAGGGAAGUUUGAAAUUGGGAAUAACAGGCUCAACCACUGGUUUGAUGGAAUGGCGCUCCUGCAUCAGUUUAAAAUAGAGGACGGACAGGUGACCUACAAAAGCCGCUUUCUGAACAGCGACUGCUAUAAGGCAAACACCGAGUACAACCGCAUUGUUGUUUCUGAAUUUGGGACAGUUUGCAUGCCAGAUCCCUGCAAGAACUUUUUCCAGCGAUUCUUGUCCCGCUUUGAAUUGCCAAAACCAACUGACAAUGCCAGUGUGAGCUUUGUCCAAUAUAAGGGCGAUUACUAUGUCAGCACAGAGACAAACUUCAUGCACAAAAUAGAUCCGGAUACACUGCAGACUAAAGAGAAGGUGGACUGGAGCAAGUUCAUUGCUGUUAACGGAGCCACAGCCCACCCCCAUGUGGACCCUGAUGGAACGACAUACAACAUGGGCAAUUCUUACACAGCCAAAGGUGCAUUUUACAACAUUAUCCAAGUGCCCCCAGAGAAGCACAGUCCAAAUGACACCUUGGACGGAGCUAAGGUUAUAUGCUCUAUUCCAUCUGUUGAUAAAGGAAAACCAUCAUACUAUCACAGUUUUGCUAUGUCAGAGAACUAUGUGGUAUUCAUUGAACAGCCCAUCAAAAUGGAUCUCCUUAAGAUUGUGACUGGCAAACUACGCGGAAAGGGGAUUAGUGAUGGUGUUUACUGGGACCCUAAACUAGACACCGUCUUCCAUGUGAUCAAUAAGCACACAGGCAAGCUGAGCUCAGUCAAAUAUUACACCAAGGCUUUGUCCACGUUCCACCAAAUCAACUGUUAUGAGGACAAUGGCUUCCUGGUGAUGGACAUGUGUAGCUCAGAUGAUGGCAAGGCCAUCAACAACUACAUGGUCCAGAACUUACGCAAAUCCGGAGAUGAUCUGGAUGAGGUUUACAACACCAUGUGCAGAGUAUUUCCCCGGCGUUUUGUCUUGCCACUCAACAUAGAUACGAACACACCGAGCGAACAGAAUUUGAACACACUUGUGUACAGCAAAGCUACAGCUAUCAAAACAGCCAAGAACCAGAUUUACUGCAAACAUGAAGAUCUCCAUGGUGACGAUCUCCAUGAAUUCGGUGGUCUGGAAUUCCCACAAAUCAACUAUGCAAAGUACAACACCCGUCCAUACCGUUACUUCUAUGGAUGUGGCUUCAGACAUCUGGUCGGAGACUCCCUCAUUAAGAUGGACCUUCAAAGCAAAAAGAUGAAGGUGUGGCAAUAUCCUGGACUUUACCCCUCAGAGCCUGUCUUUGUCCCUUCACCUGAUGCCAUGGAAGAAGAUGAUGGAGUAAUUCUGUCAGUGGUCAUCACUCCCAAUAAGGACAAGAGCACUUUUCUCCUGGUCUUGGAUGCCAAGUCUUUUGAGGAGAUGGGCCGUGCUGAAGUGCCAGUCAACAUUCCUUAUGGCUUCCAUGGAGCUUUCCAAGCUGGCAUUUAG